AUGCAAUCCAGCGACCAUCCCGGCGACUCCAUUUGGACGACGCCCGCGUGGAACUGGAGCCAGGGCCGGCUUGGGAAGGUAGACGGCUCCGGCGGCAGCGUGGAGGCGUCGUUGUCAGGGAGCAAAGCCAACGGAAGCAGCGACCGCUACGGGCGGGACGAAGAGCUGGCCAAGCUGGAGAUCGCGGUGCUGGCUCUGACCUUCGUCUUAGCCGUGCUGGGCAACUUUUUCGUGCUGCUGGCGCUGCACCACACGCCGCGCAAAAAGGCAUCCCGCAUGCAUCUUUUCAUCCGCCACCUGAGCCUGGCCGACCUGGCCGUCGCUUUCUUCCAAAUCUUGCCCCAGCUCUGCUGGGAAGUCACGCACCGCUUCCACGGGCCCGACGGACUCUGCCGCGUGGUGAAGCACCUGCAGGUCUUCGGCAUGUUCGCCUCGGCGUACAUGCUGGUGGCGAUGACGGCCGACCGCUACAUCGCCGUGUGCCACCCGCUCAAGACGUUGCAGCAGCCGAGCAAGCGCUCGCGCUGCAUGAUCGCGGCUGCCUGGGCGCUCAGCUUCUUGCUCAGCGUGCCGCAGUACUUCAUCUUCUCGCUCAGCGAGGUGGAGAGCGGCUCGCAGGUCUACGACUGCUGGGCGCACUUCAUCAAGCCGUGGGGGGCCCGCGCCUACAUCACCUGGAUCACCGGCAGCAUCUUCGUGGCGCCCGUCGUCAUCCUGGCCACGUGCUACGGCUUCAUCUGUUACCGCAUCUGGAGCAACGUCCGGGACAAGACCCGGCGGCAGAGGCGAGAGAGGGCUCCGCCGCGCGAGGGCGCCCUGCGCAAGGGGCUGCUCUUCACGCCUUAUGUCAGCAGCGUCAAGAACAUCUCCCGCGCCAAGGUCCGCACCGUCAAGAUGACCUUCGUGAUCGUCUCGGCUUAUAUCGUGUGUUGGGCCCCUUUCUUCUCUAUACAGAUGCGUUCUGUCUGGGACGACCACGCCUCCUGGCUGGAUUCGGAGGAUGUUGCAGUUACAGUGACGGCCCUUUUGGCCUGUUUGAACAGCUGUUGCAAUCCAUGGAUCUACAUGUUUUUCAGUGGGCACCUCCUACAAGACUUCAUGCAGAGUUUCUUGUGUUGUCGAAAAAUGAAACAAAGAUUGAAUAAAGAAGAUACUGAGAGCAUCAGCAGGAGACAGACUUCUUUCACUAAUAAUAGAAGUCCAACAAACAGUUUGGAUACAUGGAGAGAAUCACCAAAUUUAUCAUGAUCUGUUAACCAUUUCAAUUUCUUUCUGGACCAUUGAUAAAACAUUGA